AUGUGGAGGUAAAAGUCGUGUAAAUACAUACUUUCAUCACUCUUUGAUUAACAAUACCAAAAAGUCUUAAACAAUAUAUGUUUCAGGCUAUCACCCCAAAGGUACUAUAAAACACCAUACUCUAUUUUACACCAUCAAUAACCUUCUUUCUGCAAUAGGAGAGGUACUUUAGAGGGUUCCAUCUCUCUAUACAGGCGGAGAUAAAAAGAAAAGUAAAAAGUUUAUGGAAUUGGAGGAGCAAACCAUUAAUAUUAAAGCGAGUAAAAAUCCCAAAAAAGAAAAUCUACUUUUGAUAAAACUUUAGUUCUUUUCCUUAUGAUUUACUUACCCAAGUCUUAUAAAAAUUCAGGUAUUUAUUUUUCAAUUAUUAUUUAGUCUCUAAUUAUCCAAUUCUUGUUAUAUCCCAAUAAAUAAUAUUGGAAGCAUAAGGAAAACAUAUCUUGUAAGAAGAAUUUAUAAAUCAUUAAGGGAAACAUUUUAAACCUUUAUUUAAAUGCAAAGGAAGUUGCUUUUUAGAAGAUUUAAAGUAAAAGUGA